UGGGCAACGUCUUUAGAGGUUGGAUGUGGUAGUUCACGAUACACAGACAUGAGUGGAUUUAUUAGAACAUUGAUUGUCUGCCAGUACAUCCCCUCAGGAAACUACGCAGGACAGUUUGCAGCAAACGUUAAACCGCUUAAAGGUGGACAAACAACCACCUCAACAACUGCAACAAGUACAUCAAUCAUUUCAACAACCGCAACAUCCACCCCAACAUCUAUGUCAACAAGUACACCACUUAUUCCAACAACAACAACACCCGCCCUAACAUCUAUCUCAACAAGUACACCAAUCAUUUCAACAACUACCACACCCGCCCUAACAUCUAUCUCGACAAGUACACAAAUUAUUUCAACAAGCACA